AGCAUCACCUGUGGCCGUGUGUUGGGUGGGCGCUGCACGAGUGGCUGGCGGCCGCGCCCCCGGGAAGGGCAUGUGGAGGAGGCUGCGUCGCCGGGAUGCCACGCCGCCGCCGCUGCCGCCCCUUGCCGCGGGAGGCGCUGGAGGAGUGUCUUGUGGGGUAUGGCAGCAACUCGAGACACCGCCGUGCCGUUCCUCAUCGCCAGCCCGCAGCAGACUCCUCCACCUUCAGCAUUAAGAACACCACCAUCACCGUCUCCACCUUACACCGGCCGCCCUUCACCAUGCUGGAAAAGGACAAGGAGACCAACGCCAUCGUGUCCGCCCACGGGAUGUGUUUCUCCAUGCUUCAGCUCAUCAGCGAAAGCCUCGGCUUCCGGUACCGGCUGGUGGAGGUGCCAGACAAUGGGUUCGGGGCCCUGCAGGAAGACGGCACCUGGGAUGGCAUGGUCGGGAUGGUGAUGCGGAAGGAGGCUGACGCGGCAGUGAGCAGCUUCACCGUCAACUACGCCAGGUACACCGUGAUCGACUUCACGUACCCGUACUUCGAGGAGCCCACCGGCAUCAUCAUCCCGGCCGCGACCAGCGGAGACACUAUGUUCUCCUUCCUCACCCCCUUCUCCUGGGAGGUGUGGGUGAUGACGGGCGUUUGUGUGGUGGUGGUGGGCUGGCUGCUGCACCUCCUCUCCACCGCCGGCGACCUGCCUCUCCUCUACCCCAACGAGCGCCGCCGGCCUGUCCACCGGUCACGGUACAUCGCUGACGCCGCCCAGGCUCUCCUCGGCCAGUCAAAUGAAAUGCGACAGACGGGGCCGUCACGCGUCCUCCACGCCGCCUGGUGGUGCCUCGUGCUCAUACUCAUGCACAGCUACUCCGGCACCCUCAUCGCCUCCCUCACCUCCCCAAAACUCGUGAAGGUGGCUGACUCCCUGGCUGAACUGACGGAGCAGACUCAGGUGGAGUGGUCGGUGCGGCGCGGGUCCGUCAGCCAGUUGGUCUUCCUGCAGGCGAAGAGCGGCGUCUAUGAACGUGCGGGUCGCCUACUGAAGGGUCGCCCUGAUCUCCUGCUGGGCUCAGACAAGGAGGGCCUCGCCUUGGUGCGCACCGGCCGCUACGCCUUCUAUUGCAGUCCAGCAUUAAAGGUCCGCAGCGCCGGUCUUGUUUACCCUGCCGACUGGCCAAGGAAAAAGACUCCGGAUUCGCGAGUAAAUUCCCAUGUGCGCAGUAUAGGUAUGCAAGGCUGCGGCAACCCCCUGAUGAGUGGGUCGUGUCCACAGGGUUUGUCGUUCUUGGAGUUUGCGAUCGCGGAUGACUUGGAGAAGAACGGGAAGUGCAGCUUUGGCCUGGCCGGUGACGGCUUCCUCAACGCGCACAUCGCCUGGAUCUUCCAAAAAAACUCGCCCUACAUGCCGCUCGUCAAUACCAGGCUGAUGUUGAUGGCGCAGAGCGGGCUCCUCGCCAAGUGGCGCCGCGAGUUCUUCCCGCCGCCCAACGAGUGCACGAAGCCCUCCCCCAAGGGCCCACGGCGAUUGGCCCUGAAGGACCUGUCGGGCUGCAUCACCCUCGCCGUUGCUGGCGUGCUGCUGGCAGCCAUGGUGUUGCUCGGGGAGCUCCUGGUGGUCCGCAUCACCACUAAAAAAAAAAAUAGAAAAUAAUGAUGAGACUGAAAAUGGGGAACAGACAAGCAGAAAGACCAAAAACAAGGUUACUCACAAUUAGAACGCCUCACCCGCCAUUAGUGACAAAAUAUCUGUUCCUUUGGUUUUGAUCUGUGUUCUCGCUCCUUGUGGCGUGUGAGGCCUCCAAGAGACGCUGGUGGGCCUUUGUGCAUGUAAAAGCAAAAAGUGUGACAAGCCUAAAAUCCUGCUUGACGUCAUAAUAUUCUUUCCUUAUACGGUGACGCGCUGAUGUAAUGCAUGCGAGGUGAGGCGAGGCGUGCAGUGAGUAAUGACGGCGAGGUAUUGUAUCAUGUAGUAAAGCGCCUGACCUUAUACAGUUGCCAGGCGUGGGGGGGGUGGAGUAGACGGGCGGGAACAGGACUAGUGUGUGGCAAGGGCUCGAUCGCUAGAGCAGUCAGCCUUCGCAUUACCUGAGGCACAUAUUUUGAAACAUUUCGGUACUUACAAACACACACCCACACUUCAUUAGACUCUCGUACUAGUUGUGAGUAUUUCCAUGGGUAGUUUUAUGAGCCUAGUGAUAGUCUGACAAGGCCUCUGCACUAUGAACGCGAAAAACACAAUCAUGCGAACCAGACUAAUCUCCUUUGUGGCCUCUGGAAAUAGUUGUUGUCAGAGCCGGAAGCGUCUGAGAAUUUGGGUGCCACGUGAUGGGCCGACAAGAGAACACAUUCGUCUCGCCAACUCGUAAAACCUUGACGCAGGAAAUUGGAAGCGUCACGUCGAGGCGUUUAAAUUAUGUUGAGAGAGAGAGAGAGAGAGAGAGAGAGAGAGAGAGAGAGAGAGAGAGAGAGAGAGAGAGA